AUAAAACCAAAACUGUCGAUUCUCCUCCCCAUAAAAUUCACCCUCCUCAAAUCAUCUCUUACCUCCUUCUUAAGCUCCAUUCGAUUCGCUGCGGACUGUGUGACAACAUCUGGCAAUGUCGAGUAAGCUUAUCCAGCCACCGUCACUGCCAGCUUCACGGGGAGCAAUCUCAAGAAAAGCAGGAGACGCGAAGAAGAAGACGUUACUCUCUUUCAGCAAUCUCAAUAGCAAAACGCUGAGUUUUAGUGACAACCCAUUUCGUCUCAGGCCCAUGUUCAUCGGUAAAGUCACAGAACAGAGCUCUUCCUCCUCCCCAAAUGAACACCAAGUAGACGAAGAAGAAGAUAUUACAGUUUCUCAGAUUAAAGAAGAACUCUAUGAAGCUCUCAAAGGGAUCAAUAGAGGAAUAUUCGGAGUUAAAUCGGAUAAAAAAACAGAGAUCGAGAGUUUGGUGAAGUUAUUAGAAUGUCGGAAUCCGACGCCGGAGCCGACCGGAGAGUUAGACAAGAUCGGAGGUUGUUGGAGACUCAUUUACAGCACAAUCACCGUUUUGGGUUCGAAAAGAACCAAGUUGGGUCUUCGAGACUUCGUCUCUCUCGGAGAUCUUCUUCAACAGAUCGACAUUGCUGAGGGUAAAACGGUCCAUGUGUUGAAAUUCGAUGUCCGGGGAUUGAAUCUACACGACGGCGAGUUUAGAAUCGUCGCCUCUUUCAAGAUCAUAUCCAAAACGAGUGUUGAGAUAACUUAUGAAAGCUCAACGAUCAUGCCGGAUCAGUUGAUGAACAUAUUCAAGAAGAACAUGAAUCUUUUGUUGGGAAUCUUUAACCCUGAAGGACUAUUUGAGAUCUCAUAUUUAGACGAAGAUUUACAAGUAGGGAGAGAUGGAAAAGGGAAUGUAUUUGUAUUGGAGAAAACAGAGAAGCCCUAAAAUCUGUACACAUCUUUACACAAGAAUGUCUACGUCGAAUUUUUUCAAACUCACUUCUACAAGGAGUAAUAGCUUGUUCAUCAAGAAAUAGUUUCAAAUUUUUAUUUAAUUUUGUUAUGUUCUAUUAUACCAUUGUUACAUAUAUACCUUCUCACAGAUUAUUAGGGUAGGUACCUCCGUUUUGGCUCUUUAUUUUGAGGGUUUUUUAAAAAGAAAAUCUAAAUCGAGGAUAGUGAUUUUUGCAUUGUGUUGGGAGUAUUUGUAACAAUGUAUUUGACAUAAUUGAUAGCUCAAUACUACUGUAUAAGUUAUUGGAUUG